AUGUCUAGAAGGAAGUUAUUAAUUAAUCUUCAUCGGAUGAAAGAUGAAGAACUUCACUUUAAAAUAUUACCUUCGACUACAAUUGCAUUGAAUGCUUUCCACAAUGAUUUAAAUGAUGUUCAUGCAGAUAGAUUAUUGAGAAAUAGAUAUCUUUAUAUCUUUUUAAAUGGAUUGCUUGGUAUAGCAUUUAUGAUUGUGGAAUUACAAGUUUCAUGGGAUGGCAAAGCUAUUGUCAUUGAUAAAUCAACCAAAACCUUUAGAAUAUUAAUCUUUUUCUCUACUUUGAUUCUUCUUUGUCAAUUAAUGGAUUACUAUAGACUUUUAUUAUCACAUACAACACAUGGAUGGUUGACAAAAAGAGCAAGAGGGUUUAGAGUAACACCUCUCAAUGUGGUGAGAUCAACUACUUUGGCACCACUCUUUUGGGCAGAGGUUGCCAUUUGUAUAUUGCAGCCCAUUCCAUUUGCAUCGGGUGACCUUGCUAUAUGGAACGAUCCAAAAUGGGGUCUCUUUAUGUGGCUCAGAGUUUAUAUGUUUGGUAGAGUCUAUAGAGAUUUUAGUCAUGUUUAUAAAAUUAGACAAAGUAUUAUUAGAAAGUAUAGAGAUAGAAUGGAGAUUCCACCAAAAUUUAAUUGGGCAUUAAGUUUUAAAUCACUUUUAUUCCAACAACCAUUGACUACAUUUAUACCAUUUACAUUGUUUAUUAUAUUUAUUUGUUCUCAUAUUAUCUAUGUCUUUGAAAGAGAAGCUAAUCCCGAGGGAUUCACAUAUCCAGUAUCACUGUUUAUUUCAUUCCUUAGUAUGUUUACAGGUUGGCCAACUGAUACCUAUGAUGAACAUAAUCCUGCAACUAUUUUUGGUAGAUUUGGUGCCAUUUUAUCAUGUGUAUUAGGUUUAUUCUGUUUAUCAUGUUUAAUUGAAAACUUUAGUAAUUUAACUCAUCCAACUCCACAUCAAAGACCAAUCUUGAAUUAUAUUACAUUAUUGGAAACUCAAGAAAAAGAAAGAGAUUCUGCUGCUAGAUUAAUUCAAACAGUUUGGAGAAGAUAUAGAUGGCAACAUUCAAAUAGUUUUGCAGAUAAUCAUACAGUUUUUAAUACUCAGGAAGCAUACUUUUGUAUGAAAUAUAUUGAGGGGGCAAAGAACUUUGGUCGUUGUAGAAGAUAUCGUAAACAGAUUGAAUCAAUUGUCAAUGAUGGCAAGGGUAAAGAAGAAAAGGAGGACAAGAAACAAAUAGAAACAUUGCUCAAAAACUAUGAGAUUGAAAAACAGGUACGAUUCUCUGUUGAACAACGUGUCUCAACGAUGGAAGAACACCAAGAGUUUAUGAUCCGACAAAUGAACAUACUUUUACACAACCAGCAACAACUCUUACAAGUACUUGGUCAAAACAAUAUCCCUCUUCCUAUCCUUCAACCUCCUCUUCCUCCUCCAGCUGUUAAUAUGCCAACUCAUCAUUCAGUUCAAGUUGAGCCAUUGUUCCAUCCCCAACAACAACAACAACAAUCUACCAGUAGUAGCGUAGGAACAGGUUCUAGUUCUCAACAACAAGGUUAUUCUGAACAACAAGACCAACAGCAACAACAACAACAACAACCAUUUUACCAACAACCGUCAUCGCAACAUUCCUAUGAAAAUAGAAGUGAACCAUUUGGUCAUUUCUCGACAUCAACAUCAAGCAACGAUAAUAGCUUAUAA